AUGGCACCGCCGAAACCGGCACCGGACCAGCAAACUAAGAAACUUCAAGUCUACCUCACUCCGGUGCUGCUUCGAGCCAUUCUUCUGUUGCUCCUCUCCGACACCAUUGUCCCACAGUCCAUCAUCAAGACUCUACCUGGAUUUCCCGGUGAUCUUCCAUUUGAACUUGAAACUGGGCAUUUCUUCAAACAGCUAUCAGUCACCAAGAAAGGAAUCCAAGAGAUGACCCUCUUAUACUUUGGAUGGCGGGUGGCCCUGGUUGUUCUUCUCUUUUUUCCUUCUUCUAUGAAAUCGGUAGAGGUGGUGGGAAACUCUUUGUCGGAGGUUAAAGUAGGCCUGAAUCGCCUGACAGAUUUGUCAUCCAAAAUCAAAUCUUUUAAUUUUAUGUGGAUUUUCAUAUUCGGCGAACAUGUCGAGAAUUGGCUGGCGGUCGGUCUCGGUGGUGGCAAUGUUUUGAUAUGUCUCUGGUGUGGUGUUGCACGGUGGCAAUCAAUGGCACCGCCGAAACCGGCACCGGACCAGCAAACUAAGAAACUUCAAGUCUACCUCACUCCGGUGCUGCUUCGAGCCAUUCUUCUGUUGCUCCUCUCCGACACCAUUGUCCCACAGUCCAUCAUCAAGACUCUACCUGGAUUUCCCGGUGAUCUUCCAUUUGAACUUGAAACUGGUUACAUUGGUGUAGGAGAGAGAGAUGAAGUGCAGUUAUUCUACUAUUUCCUUGAAUCAGAAAGGAAUCCAAGAGAUGACCCUCUUAUACUUUGGAUGGCGGGUGGCCCUGGUUGUUCUUCUCUUUUUUCCUUCUUCUAUGAAAUCGGACCUCUUAAAUUCAAUUUUACAUUGAACCCUUCAAAUUCCGGCGAAAGCAAACCAACAUUGGAGUUGAACCCAUACUCUUGGACAAAGGUAGCCAACAUAAUUUUUAUAGAUCAACCUGCUGGUAGUGGAUUCUCUUAUGCGAAAAAAUGGGAAGCUUACAACAGCAGCGAUACGAGAUCAGCAUCACUAACAUAUGAUUUUCUUAGAAAGUGGCUUGUGGAUCACCCCAAUUUUCUGAACAAUCCACUAUACAUCUGUGGUAUCUCCUAUAUUGGCAUUGUUGUUCCAAUCGUUGUUCAGGAGAUAUACAAUGGUAAUGAAGCUGGAAAGGAGCCAAGAAUGAAAAUUAAAGUAAAAGAUUAUAUUAAACAUCUUGACUGGGCUGGAUACAUUCUUUUCAACCCUCUAACAAAUAGAAAUAGUGACAUUAAUUCGAGAAUCCCAUAUGCUCAUCGUGUGGCACUUCUAUCAGACGAACUCUAUGAGGUAGCCAACAUAAUUUUUAUAGAUCAACCUGCUGGUAGUGGAUUCUCUUAUGCGAAAAAAUGGGAAGCUUACAACAGCAGCGAUACGAGAUCAGCAUCACUAACAUAUGAUUUUCUUAGAAAGUGGCUUGUGGAUCACCCCAAUUUUCUGAACAAUCCACUAUACAUCUGUGGUAUCUCCUAUAUUGGCAUUGUUGUUCCAAUCGUUGUUCAGGAGAUAUACAAUGGUAAUGAAGCUGGAAAGGAGCCAAGAAUGAAAAUUAAAGUAAAAGAUUAUAUUAAACAUCUUGACUGGGCUGUGUUAAUUUUUUUUCCAUGCUUAUUCACCAUCUUUUUUUAUUGUGGAUACAUUCUUUUCAACCCUCUAACAAAUAGAAAUAGUGACAUUAAUUCGAGAAUCCCAUAUGCUCAUCGUGUGGCACUUCUAUCAGACGAACUCUAUGAGUCAGCCAAAUCAAAUUGCCAGGGUGUGUACAUAGCAGUAGACCCCGACAACAGAUUAUGUGCAAGUGAUCUUGAAGUCGUAAACGAGUGCGUCGAGAAAAUCUAUUUUGAUCAAAUUUUAGAACCUAUUUGUCUUACUACAAUUUCAAAACCUAAUUUGCUGAGAAGUUACAGAAGCUCUCUUGAGGAGAAUCCCAUCGAUAUCAUCUGGUCGCUACCUCGACUUUCAGAACCAUGGUGUCGAGACAAUACUUAUAAAGCAGCUGCUGUUUGGGCUAAUGAUAAAGCUGUACAAAAUGCUCUUCACAUUCGUGAGGUACGUGGGACUAUAAGAGAGUGGGUGCGAUGCAAUAAGAGCAUACAAUACUCGUUUGGUUUAAGUGAGACUGUGUCUUACACAUUCAAUGUCCCUAGUUCUGUUGACUAUCAUCGAAAUCUAACAAACAAAAAGUGUCGAGCUUUAAUUGCCAGCGGCGAUCAUGACAUGGUGGUUCCACAUCUGGGUACAGAGAAAUGGAUACGUUCUUUAAAUCUGACCGUCGAAAGUGAUUGGGAGCCGUGGUUUGUUGAAGGUCAAGUAGCAGGGUGGAUAUACAGAAUCCUAUAUACACAACGACUACUCGCUGACAUAUGCAACAGCAAAGGCAUGAAAUCUU